CGAAACUCCAGUGCGUCUUGACUUGCUCCAUUCGGGACAUGCCGCAGCAGCGAGCGACAGCAGCGGUCUGCUGACGCCCCGCGCACGCGAUCUGGAAGUGUUUAAACGAUAGGUGGGACCACAUAUGUGAUUGAGAUAUACUCCUUUGGGAGAAAAGAAUCCAGUAAAGGCGCUCAGUUUGUGCACUGGUGAAGGCCCGCGCCCUCCGCAUCCCUGCGGUGUACCUUUGCCCGCAGCGGGGUCCAAUAGUGUGCUCAUGUGUACCUUCUAACAUAUAGAUUUGCUGCAUAUUGUACUCUCGCAUUGCAGCGAGUGCUGGUGUGACACCCAGCUGCUGCGCGUGCAAGACGACGCGUUACCUGAGUUAAUAUGACGCCCCAGAAAGCCAUGUGGCUAGUAGGCUCUUUUAUUGCUGUUUGCGCAGCCAUCAUGACACUGCAAGGCAGAGUUAUCAACGCACAGGGUGACAACAACCUUGUGCCUGUGACGGUCAUCGUCAAGGGCCAGGUCGUGGCAUUCACCUCCCACAAGAGCCCGCAGCGCACGCCACCGCCGCCGCCGCCUCGCCGCGCCUCGCCGCCGCCGCGCCGCCGCGCGCCGCCGCCCGCCCACCGCGCCUUCCGCGGCCUCGCCAGCCUAUCUGCUGAGGACGCCACCACCACCAACAAUGACCCGCUGCCUCCGGGCGUGCUGCCGCCCUCUAAGAAGCAGAUCCGGCUGGAGGACGCCGGGAACGCCACCUUCCGCGCCUACGCCAAAGUGGACCUGGGGGAACAGGCCCAGCUGCUGCGCACUGGUGACAACGUGGAGGCCCCCCUCACAUUCCAGCUGGACCCCGCAGUGGCCGAGGAGCUGGGCCUGACUGACUCGGGCUCUGGCGGCAGCGGCCGCCGGCGCCUCAGUGAGGCGCAGCACGCCCUGCGCCGCGCCAUUCUGCAAGUCAACAACACCCGCCGCAGCCUGCAGGAGCUGCACGACCUUGGUGUGCUGGCCCGGCUCAAGGGUGGGCGAGGCGCCAGGGUGCCCAGUGCCGUGGCGGCGGGCAGGGCCGAGGUGAAGUCCAGCGGGGGAGCCAAGGACCUCAUGUUCACUGGCAAGCCGCUCAACGUCUCCUCCCUCACCUUCCUGCUCACCGCGCCCCAGUGCGGUCUGGUGCCCUCACUCAGCCUGGACACAAUCCGCGGCGUGUGGGUGCCCGCCGCCGCCAACGCCACCUACGGCCUGGCCUCCUCCACGCUGCAGUACAUGCACAAGACCUGCUCAUACGACAAGCUGCGCGUGUACGACAACGCCGACAACCAGGUGAUCGGCCCCAUCGACGUGGGCGCCUGCAGCGGUACGACGCAGUACGGCGACGCCUUCGACUUCGCCGCCAGCUGCUCCGAUCCCGAGCUGGACGCCAUGUACGACGCCGUGAUGCGCUGGGUGCAGGCGAACCGGCCGGAGUGGAUCGCCUCCGGCUACUUUGACACCUUCAUGAUGAUGCCGCUGCCCAGCUGCGGCAGCGUGUUCGGGUACGGCGCCGUGGGCUGCCCCGGCGACGGCUCCCCCUGUCGCACCUGGCUCUUCCCCAACAAGGGAGAGACCAAGCUGGACGCGAGCACCAUCUUCCACGAGAUGGGUCACAACCAGGGCGUCACCCACUCCGCGGGCCAGUUCAAGUACGGCCCCCGCCUCAUCACGGACGAGUACGCCGACCCCGUGGACCCCAUGGGCAGUGCGGGGCCCAUGACCUGCUACUCGGCGCCCAACUCCUUCAAGGCGGGCUGGUCCGCCCCCAUCGACGACAUGGGCGCCAAGGGUGUGGCCAUGGCCGACCUGGCGGACGGCUGGAACGACUACUACGUCCCCGCCGCAGCCGUCAGCGACAAGAACCUUCUGCGGAUCAUCCUAGAGCAGACCGGUAUCUCCGAGGAGGCCGCGGCUGCGGGCCAGGAGCGCGCCCUGUUUGUGAGCUACCGCGUGGCUCAGCCCGCCCCCGGCUUCGACUCGGGCAUCGCCACACGCGACGGAGGCCAGUGGAACAAGCGCGUCUGGGUGCACGAGUUCAACGACACGGCCACGGGCGAGACCGCCACAGUGGACUACAGCCUCAUGAAGGCCAUGCUGGACGUGCCGCUGCCGCCCCUCACCAGCGACAAGGCGGUGCAGGCCCCGCUGCCGCCCGGGCCCCGAGUCCCUUCCGCCACCUGGGCUGCUCAGGGCACAAACUGGACCUACGUCUCCACCUCCUUUGAGGAGCUCGGCAACCUGCGCAUCCGGGUCUACUCCAAGAACGACACGGUGGCAUACGUGGGGCUGUGCCGCUUCAAGACAAACACCGAGGGCGAGCCUGGCGCUGACUCCUGCUACGACACCAUUGACAACGACUGUGACGGCCUUGCGGACGACGAAGACCCCGACUGCAACCCGCCCGAGGUGUCGCCGCCGCCCCCGCCCCGGAAAAAGCCGCCGCCGCCUGCUGUCAAGAAGCCGAGCGGCAGCAGCAAGGGCCGCCGCCUGGCUUAACAAUAUAUAUAGAUGAGCAGCAGUGGGGAUGCGUGUACAUACUUGGCACGUGCGGCGUGGGGCGCGCUUGGCAAUAGUCCUCGCAACUACCAAGCAACACUUUGACUGACACACGGGGAUCACAACCGGGCUUCCGCGCAACUGCCACCGAACAGGGGCGGCGGCACCUGGCGUGGCGGUUGGCGCGCAGCGCGAUUGUUAGUUGGUAGUUGUGCGGGGGCGCGUGUGGCAAUGAAUGAAGCUGCAGUGGAGUACGGCGGAGCUCCGCGGGGGCUGGCGGUUGGCGCGGCACACGACUGGGAGUGCAUAGUUGUGACGAGCGCACCGUGUGGGAAGCUGCGUGUGAGCUGCGUGUAAACUCAGAAGGGU